AUGUUUAUAUGUGGUGGGCACUGCACAGAACACAGUGAAUCACUGUAAUGUUCUAUCAUGUAAUGUUUGAUUAUGUGUCAAUGAAUCCCGUAAGGAACCCCAUUAGCUGUUGCUAACACAGCAGCUACUCUUCCUGGGAUUCAAGGGAUGGGCCGCAAACUGUCGAAAAUGUCAUUCAUUCAUUCAUUUAUUCAUUCAUAUGACAUUACAAAGCGGUCAUACUUCGUCACGACAAGCCUUACAAUGUAUUAAAUCGGUAUCAUAAUGCAUUAUACCUUAAAUGCCAUUUUGGGGGGAAAAGGCAAACUCUGCUCCAUCAUUCAUUGAAUCAGAUGGCUCACUGAUGAUCAAAAAAGAUUGUGGGAGCUGUUUUUUUUUUAGACUUCAGUGCUGAUUUUGACAUUAUCGAUCAUAGUCUGCUGCUGGAAAAACGUAUGUGUUAUGGCUUUACACCCCCUGCUAUAUUGUGGAUAAAGAGUUACUGUCUAACAGAACACAUAGGGUGUUCUUUAAUGGAAGCCUCUCCAACAUAAUUCCCCAGGGCAGCUGUCUAGGCCCCUUACUUUUUUCAAUCUUUACUAAUGACAUACCACUGGCUUCGAGUAAAGCCAGUGUGUCUAUGAAUGCGGAUGACUCAACACUAUACACGUCAGCUACUACAGUGAGUGAAAUGACUGCAACACUUAACAAAGAGCUACAGUUAGUUUCAGAAUGGGUGGCAUGCAAUAAGUUAGUCCUAAAUAUUUCCAAAAACUAAAAGCAUUGUAUUUGGGAUAAAUCAUUUAUUAAACCCUAAACCUCAACUAAAUAUUCUAAUGAAUAAUGUGGAAAUUGAGCAAGUUGAGGUGACUAAACUGCUUGGAGUAACCAUGGAUUGUAAACGGUCAUGGUCAAAACAUGUUGAUACAACAGUAGGUAAGAUGGGGAGAAGUCUGUCUAUAAUUUAGCUCUGCUCUGCCUUCUUAACAACACUAUCAACAAGACAGGUCCUACAGGCCCUAGUUUUGUCGCACCUGGACUACUGUUCAGUCGUGUGGUCAGGUGCCACAAAGAGGGACUUUACAAUUGGCUCAGAACAGGGCAGCAUGGCUGACCCUUAAAGUACACAGAGAGUUAACAUUAAUGACAUGCAUGUCAAUCUCUCAUGGCUCAAAGUGGAGGAGAGAUUGACUUCAUCACUACUUGUUUUUGUAAGAGGUGUUGACAAGCUGAAUGUACCGAGCUGUCUGUUUAAACUACUAGCACACAGCUCGGACACCCAUGCAUACCCCACAAGACAUGCCACCAGAGGUCUCUUCACAAUCUCCAAGUCCAGAACAGACUAUGGGAGGCGUACAGUACUACAUAUAGACAGAUUUCAAAAACGGGUAAAAUUCACUUUAUGGAACAGUGAGACACACACAGGUAGAGACACAUGCAUACAAGCGCUAGCACACACACACCCUACACACACCUACACUGUAACAUUGUUGUAUGGUGGUAUUAUACAUUUUGUAUUGUAGAUAUGUAGUGGUGUAAUAAUGUUAUAUGAUGUACUGUUUUAUCUUUUGUUUUAUGUGUAAUGUAAGUGCCUUAAUGUGUUUGGAGCCCAGGAAGAGUAGCUGCUUCGUAGCAGCUAAUGGGGAUCCCUAAUAAAUACAAAUAGAAAUACCUGCAGGCUUUACGUAAAACGUUACCCUGUGUUUUAACAAAGGCACUUAUCUGUUUCUCUCUCUUCUUCCUCUGCCACCUCUCGACACCGACUACAACCUUAUCUAUUCUGUUUCUUAUCUAUAUCUAUUCUCUAUCUAUCUAUAUUUUUUACUAUAUAUACCCUUAUCUGUAUCUCUAUCUUGUAUUGUAUCUAUCUAUCUCUACUCUAUGUAUUAUUAUCCUCUCUAAAUAUCUAUAUAUCUUAUCUCUAUAUCUCUCUCUCUCUCUCUCUAUAUCUUCAUUCUCUGUAUCUAUGUGUUUCUCUCUCUCUAUGUCUCUCCUGUCUCUCUCUCUUCUCUCUCUGUCUGUCUUUAUCUAUCUACUCUCUCUCUCUCUCUGUUCUCUUCUCUCUCUCUCUUUCUCUGUCUCUCUGUCUCUCUCUGUCUCUCUCUGUCUCUCUCUGUCUCUCUCUCUCUCUAUUUCUCUCUAUCUCUCUCUCUCUCUUGCUUAGCUCUCUCUCUCUUCUCUCUCUCUCUCUCUCUCUCUCUUCGUCUCCUCUCUCCUCUCUCUCUCUCUUUUGCUCUGUCUCAUUCUCUCUCUCUCAGGCGGAGUGAUGAAGUCCUGCUCCUACAAGUCUUUCUGUAGCCAGGCCAACAGUCAGGGUUACCGGUCGCCAGGGGUCAGAGUUCACUGCUGUUUCUCUGAUGACUGCAACGUGACAGGAAACGUAUCCAAGCUGGAAGGAAGUCUCAGCUACCUGCUGCUCCUCCUUCCCCUGCUCCUCCACUGGAUCACAAACUAA